CCCGGCGCCUCGGCAGGGCAGGGACCCCGGCCGAGCGCCGCCGGGACCGCCCUCCCCUCCCGCCCGCCUGCCCGCGCCCGCGUGUCCGCGCGCCGACCGCCCGCCAGAAAAACCAUUUUUCUUCUGUGGAGGGCGAACACUUAUAGCAUCGAUUUCACGGAUCUGGUAACAUGGCAAAAGAUGCCGGCCUGAUUGAAGCCAACGGGGAACUCAAGGUCUUCAUAGACCAGAACCUCAGUCCUGGAAAAGGUGUGGUGUCCCUUGUAGCUGUCCACCCCUCCACAGUCAGCACGCUUGGGAAGCAGCUGUUGCCAAAAACGUUCGGACAGUCCAACGUCAACAUCGCUCAGCAAGUGGUGAUCGGCACGCCCCAGAGACCUGCGGCACCCAACACGAUCGUGGUCGGAAGCCCCCACACUCCUAACACUCACUUUGUGUCACAGAACCAGCCUUCAGACCCCUCACCUUGGUCUGCCGGGAAGCGGGGCAGGAAGGGGGAGAAGAACGGCAAGGGGCUGCGGCACUUCUCCAUGAAGGUCUGCGAGAAGGUGCAGCGCAAAGGCACCACGUCCUACAACGAGGUGGCGGACGAGCUGGUGGCCGAGUUCAGCGCCGCCGACAACCACAUCCUACCCAGCGAGUCGGCUUAUGACCAGAAGAACAUAAGACGGCGCGUCUAUGAUGCCUUAAACGUGCUCAUGGCCAUGAACAUCAUCUCCAAGGAGAAAAAGGAGAUAAAGUGGAUCGGGCUGCCCACCAACUCGGCGCAGGAGUGUCAGAACCUGGAGGUAGAGAGACAGAGAAGACUGGAGAGAAUAAAACAGAAACAGUCCCAACUCCAGGAACUUAUCCUGCAGCAAAUUGCCUUCAAGAACCUGGUGCAGAGGAACCGGCAGGCCGAGCAACAGGCCAGCCGGCCGCCCCCGCCCAACUCGGUCAUCCACCUGCCAUUCAUCAUCGUCAACACCGGCAAGAAGACCGUCAUCGACUGCAGCAUUUCCAACGACAAGUUUGAGUAUCUGUUUAAUUUUGACAACACGUUUGAAAUCCAUGACGACAUCGAGGUGCUGAAGCGCAUGGGGAUGGCCUGUGGCCUGGAGUCGGGGAGCUGCUCUGCCGAGGGCCUGAAGGUGGCCAGAAGCCUGGUGCCCAAGGCGCUGGAGCCCUACGUGACAGAAAUGGCUCAGGGGUCACUUGGCGGCGUCUUCCUCACAUCUGCGGUCUCGGCUUCUAACGGCACAAGGCUCUCUGCUAGUGACCUAGCCAACGGCGCGGACGGGAUGCUGGCCACCAGCUCCAGUGGGUCGCAGUACAGCGGGUCCAGGGUGGAGACGCCCGUGUCCUGCGUCGGGGAGGACGACGAGGAGGACGACGCCUUCAUCGAGAACGAGGAGGAGGACUGAGCCGCGCGGCGCUGGGAGGGGAGCUGCGGAGCAGCCGGCUGGCUCUUGGCCUCCUCGGCGAGCGCAGGACUCAACGUGCGCCUCCGAGCGGCGCGGGCUUGUCCUCGGGGUCUGGACCCUCGGGGUCUGGACGGCUGGCCUGGUGCAGCCAGCUGACGCGCAGCCUCCACUGCUUUAGGAUUUUCUGUUUUCGUUUGCUGUUUCUUUAAAUUCAGAGCUUCUGUUGCCCCUUGAGGACUCUUGCUGGGUUUGCUGAGGAAGCUGGGCUCCACCCAUCGUUGGUGAGGACAGACGGUUGGCCUCCGCCCAGUGCCGAGUGCCGCCUGGUGAGGCCCCGAUCGCGACCUGCCCGGCUCUGCUCCCCUGCCUUUUCUUACGACCUCAUUUCCCUUAAAUUAUAUUGACCGUGUGACUCCAUCGGGUUUGUACUUUGUUUUUGCUCUGCGUUGCAGCAAACACAUUGCAAAGUUCCUUUUUUGUUUUUGUUUGUUUGGUUUGGUAGAAGUUUACUGCCGUGCUGGUGCAGCUGUGGAAACUCUGGAAAGCUUGGAAUGGUUUAUUGCUUAUGGUAAAUUCGCCUGAUUUCUUACAGGCAGCGUUUGGAGACUUUUUAUUACAUAGUUGUUUACAUACUUAUAAGUCUAUCAUUUAAAGACAUGUACUGAAACAAAUGUUGUAUUUGUUUCGCAAGCAUCUUCCUGUAAUCUAUUAUAAAAUUGAAAUUAAAUAUAGAGGAUGUUUUAACAGUUUUUUAACUCAGAACUUGUCAAUCAUUUUUAAUAGUUGUUUUUUUAUAAAAAGAAACAGGAAUUUCAGGACAGGCAGUAGUCUCUUUUAAAACUCACUCACAAAGAACCGUUAACUGCACCGUUGCUGUUAGCUGCCUGUUCUAAACAAGCCUUUUUAUUGGAACACAAAUAAACUUUUCUGUAAUAUUUUGUGGAAUAAAGAGACUUUAACUGUC